AUGUGGAACGUUUAAUAUUAAAGUGCAUUUUUCAAGUUAUUAAGAAAAAAGUCAAAGAUAAGAAAACAAAAUAAAACAAUUUUAAUUAAGUUACAUACAUUAAUAUAUAGAAAACAACAUUAAAUAAAUAAAAUAAUUAAACUUGUGUAAAUAAAAAAAAAAUAGCACACGUUAAUUGUUGACUCAUUAAAUGAGCUUUGUCUAAAUAUUGUCUUCCCCCUCCCCAACUUUAUUAUUGUCAGUGUAUUGAACGGGGAAGAACCAUAUUUAUUUUAUUUUAACGUUUAAAUACGAACAAAGAUAAGCAAAUUAUAGCUGCACUCACAUUUACAAACGUGUUUUAUUUCAAAACCAUUGGAAAUUUUAGAAGAAGCUGUUCGUACACAUUAUCAUUACAUUACUGAACGUUGAUUUGUUAAGUAAUUACGCAGCAAUAACUAAAUCUUAAAAAUAAAUUUAAAAAAAUUAUUUUAUAUUGCAAUUAAAAGAGAGCAGUAACAAACAAAUAAGAGAAUUUAAGUACUCUCAUGUACAUGUCAAAGUACUCUUAAAAACAGUAAAAAAGAAAACAACAACAGAAAAAAUCAUGGAAAAUAUGAUGCCAUAUUUAAGUUCUACGACAAAUAAUGAAAAGGAUUUUAUCAAUAUGGAUACACUGGAACGUAUACGAAGUGUCAGCGAAUCUUCUAUGGGUGGCACUAGUGGCUAUAAUAGCACAACAUCGCCAGGACCAGAAAACUCUCCUGUUUCAAGUCGCUAUUCUCCGGUACAAUCCCCAGACUCUGUUCUACAAACUGAAUUUUCCCAAUUAGUGAUACCGCCACUAUCUUAUCAACAGCAAAACACAUCGCAAUACGUACAAUUGCAGAAUGUGCACAUGAAUGUAAACAACAAUCAGCCACUAUUGUAUCAACAGAACCAAAAUAUGAAUUUCUCACCUCAUUUAAACUUUGGAAAUCCUAUAAAUUAUCAACAAUUUCAGCAGCCAACCGCACCAUCAACAAUGUCAUAUACAGAUGUUAAAUAUGAAUAUGAGGCAUCCUUACGUAUUACCGAACAACCGGUAGAAAAAUUCCGUUUUCGUUACAAGUCCGAAAUGCACGGCACACAUGGCUCCCUAAAUGGUACCAACUCUCAAAGAAAUACAAAAACCUUCCCCGAAGUCGAGCUGGUCGGUUAUAAAGGACCAGCCAUCAUACGCUGUAGUUUGUUUCAAACUAACCUUGAAAGUCCACACUCACAUCAGUUGGUUGUACGCAAGGAUGACCACGAUAUAUGCGAUCCACACGAAUUGAAGGUUUCCCUAGAAGUUGGUUAUUUUGCCGAAUUUAAAAAUAUGGGUAUUAUACAUACCGCCAAGAAAUUCAUUGUAGAGGAAUUGUUAAAAAAGAAACGUAAGCGUUUGGGUCGUGAAGUUUUAACAACAAAAGAAGAUCAGGAGCUGCACAAGCAAACAGAAAAAGAAGCCAAGGAUAUGAAUUUAAAUCAGGUACGUCUAUGUUUUGAAGCAUUUCGUGUUGAAGAAAACAAAUCGUACACGCCUAUAGCUGCGCCAGUUUAUUCAAAUCCCAUUAAUAAUCGUAAGUCUGCACAAACCGGAGAAUUGCGUAUUACACGCUUGAGCAUAGCAACAGGCAAUGUUGCAGGUGGCGACGAUCUAAUAUUAUUGGUGGAAAAGGUUAGCAAAAAGAACAUUAAAGUACGAUUCUAUGAAAUGGUUGAAGAUGAGCAAGUAUGGGAGGCUUUUGCUACUUUUCGCGAAUCCGAUGUCCAUCAUCAAUAUGCAAUUGUCUGUCGGACACCAUCGUAUAAAGACAAGGAUAUCGACAAAGCUGUUGAGGUGUUUAUUGAGCUUGUAAGGCCAUCGGACGAUGAACGCAGUUAUCCGCCAGUAUCGUUUCGUUAUAAGCCAAACUAUGCUGUAAUAUCGCGUAAACGUAGACGAACAUGUUCAUCUUUAAAUAGCGGUUCUUGUAGCAAUUCUGGCUCACUAAGUUCAGGAGAAAUACCUAAAACUAUUCAAGAACAACAGAAAUUACUUAAUGCAUCAGAUGAACUUAAACAGUUAUUCAACUCGGAGUUGAUUAAAUCCGAUAUAUCAAUAGAUUCGGGCUUAUUGGCUUAUUUAGAGGAUCCAAAAGUGAACGAUUUCGACCCAUUGCUAUCGAGUGGUAAUCGUAUCGAAAAAGAUGGAGUUUGUAGCGCCAGCGAAGCUAAGAACCCCUAUCACUACAAGAAAUCGAUGAUUAGCAAAAAACAAAUGGAUUUGGCUAGACAAGGUGUACAACAGCAUCAGCAACCACUUAAUUUAUAUUUACAGCGUAUUUUAAAUAUACAUCAUGAUACUAUUAGGUCUUCAACACCACCAAAUCCCACAAAACGCGACAGUGCUGCUGAGCAAAUAACCAAAAUCAUAAAUGAACAUGCUGAAAAAUAUGGAGAUUCGCUGAUACACGAAAUUGUACUGGGAGAUAACAAUAAAUUUGCCAUACCGAUUUUUAGGGUUUUGGAGUAUUUCAAAUUAAAUGAACUUUUAAAUACCAUAACAAACAAAAGAACACAGACGGCCUUACACUAUACCUGUCUGUACAGUCAGCCAAACUAUAUACGGCCGCUUUUAAAAUUGGGCUGUAACCCCAACAUCCAAGAUUCUGAUGGUAAUACAGCACUGCAUCUUGCAGUGCGUGAAAAGGACUUGAAAUGCUUGGAAAGUUUCAUAAAUUCGGAAAUGUCUUUGAAUCUAAACCAUUUAAACGAUGAUGGUUUUACACCCUUACAUUUGGCCAUACGCGAUAACAAUUACGAAAUUGUGGCCAAACUAUUGAAAUUUGAUGCAAAUACAGUGACUACGACCUGCAGUAAAGAUGGCAGUACCGCUUUACAUAUGGCCGUACAACAACAAAAUCUUAAAUUGGUUAAUUUAAUAUUGGACAAUAGCCCAUUAAUUUCUGCAAUAUUAUAUGCCAACAACAGGGCUGGCUAUACGCCUUUAGAUUUGGCCAAGCAACUGGUAACGAGUGAUGAACAGGCGAAACAAAUACUAAGCAAACUUCUAACAUUCUACAACAAAUAUCCUUCUCACGAUAAAACAGAAAAAAUGGACGUGAACACAUGUAGCGGCGAUGUUGUGGAUGACGAAGAUGAAGAACAUAAAUUGGUAAUAAAAGAAGAAGAAAAUUCAUGUUCAUCUACCGAAGACGACGAGGAGGAUAAUAACAGUAAUUUAAGUGAAUCAAAUACAAAAACAACAUCCAAAGUAGGGCCGAUUACACAAACGAAACUCAUAAAAGAAUCAGACAUUAAACAAGAACUUACCGACGACCAGGCUACUACCACCACUACUCUCAAUGCAACGGAUCUGGAGGCGGCUUUAAAUAAUAAACAGAUUUUCUCACAACUUAGCGUUAAGUUAAAUGAGAAUGAAAAUUGGAAAAAACUAGCCACAGAUAUGGAAAUGCCUCAUUUUUAUUUAACGAAUGCACAAGCUUUCCUCAAUUCAUUGAAACGCAAUUUAAAAAGCGUAAAUUGUACACAAUUUGCCUUAGCACUGGUUACUAUUGACAAAAGUUUAUAUAAUUUAUUAUUAAAUAAAUAAAAUGUAUCUAUGUAUAUGUUGAAAAAAUAAUGUAUUAGUUUAAGCGAAGUUCAUUUCAUGAUUAUUUUACAUUUUCUUAGGCUAUAAAUUUCAUUUCAAAAGUCCUUCAUAAUCAUGCGUAUUUUCAUUUUUUUUUUUAAACCGCUAAUAUAAUAAAAAGUAAUAUUAUAUAAAAAUAAACUUUCUUAAAAUAUUCGAAAUUUAGUACUACUAAAGGUAUUUACAGACGAUAAUACUGCGAAUUAAUGCUUUUCAAAUUUAAAAUAUUAAAUCCAUCUGAUUUGUCAAGAAAUCAUAUUGAAAAAUACAGUUCUUGCUUACAAAAUAGUAUUCAAAAUAUAUUAUUGUUAAUUGUUUUAUUUAGUUUUUAUAUUUUCUUCACAUUUAUUGUUUUCCUUUUUUUUUAAAUUUAAUACAUUUUUGUUUAGACCAUAGAAAUCUGUAAAUACCUUAAUUGUUUAUCAAAAGAUUGUAAUUGCUUAAAUUCGAAUGUAUGGUAAAAUUCUAAAUUUGACCACAAAAUUAAUAUUAAAACAUUUUCAUUUAUUUAAUUAUAUUUUAUUAUAGUAUAUUAAUUAUUAUAUGCCUAAUCUUUUUAUUAAAUAAACAAUUUAUUAUCGUAUAAAAUAAUAAA